AUGAAAGGAAAGCUUUCACCUUGGAGACAUUGCCCAAGGGCGCCGUUCCAUAGCGACAUUCCCAUUACUUUUUCUAGCUGUCGGGCAGAAUGCAUCAAUCUCGAUCCGAGAUGCACCACCACAGCACAGGUAUCGUCGAGGCAUCGCAUGAGUCUUAUAUCUCAGCGGGUCUUGGACGCCCUCGGACUCAUCAGCAGCAUGCCCCUGAUGUUAGUCGGCCUGAAGUUCGCGUCCAAGUUGCAAAGGGGAGCAGACACAGCUCGGCUUCUUCUCGUCAUGUCCAUCAUAUUAGCAAAUAUGUGGCAUCUCAGGUGGCGACAUCAGCAAAGGCUUCGGAACGGAGCAACCCACCCACACCAUGGGAGAUGCGUAAUUCGCACACGUGAAGGGACAUUCCUCCCGGUUGAUCGCCAGGAACAGAACCGCUCUUUGAUCAAGCUUGAACCCAGUAUCUCUGCCCUCAUCACCGACUGGAGCACAAUGUUCGCAGGAGAACUUUCGGCUUUCGUGAUAGUCAACUUUCAUCCAUCAACAGGUUGGUAUAUUAAAGCCUUGCAUGAUUGCCUAUCGACUAACAACCUGACAGGGCAAGCUCUGGGAUCCAGUCCAUAUCACGAGUGGCUUACCCAGUCUGUAGUAUCAGGCUAUCUGCCUCCGAAUCUCCAACAUCCAAGCUCACAAGCCUGCAUCUUCGCCGUCUUGGUCUACUCAUUCACAAAAGUUUAUCAUCUCGUACAAAAGCCUCGGUGCUGGGCAGACUUCGGCCUGAUAGCAAUCAUCUGCUCGGUAUUGACGGGCGUCUGGCUCGGCAAGCACGCCAUGGCUGAUGCUCUUGUACUGGGAGCCUUCCUGAGCUUGCUGUGCGCCAAGCUGCUCGAGUUAGUCACUGUUCGCCGGCAUUCUGAAACAACGGUUGAUUAUGAUGAGGAGGAGAAAGUUUUGGAUUAA